AUGUCAUUACUUGAGACUUUGCAUAGAAAAUUGGAAAAGCAUGGCAUAAUAGCGCAAUGCAUCAGAUAUCUUCCAGUGAUAUCGUUUCUGUUUGCUUUCAUUGGAGCUGGUUGGAUCUUCUUUUUGCCUGUCCAAGGUCAAUACAGGGACACGUAUAUUUCGGAGAAUGCACUGAUGCCCUCACAAGCCUACAAUUUUUACAGGGAGAGUGAAUGGAACUUUGUGCGAGGAUAUAGAUCAGAGAUUGAAAAGCUUGCCAAUGCUUCGCACGAAGAGAGAACAGAGAAGUUGGCGGAGUGGUUGUCCCAAACAGGAUUCAAGACUACAGUUCAAGAAGGUUCAGAUGAUCACCUGUCUAACCUUUAUGGUAUCUUGCAUGCUCCAAGAGGUGACGAUACAGAGGCUAUGCUAUUAGUGGCACCAUGGUUCACGUCGAGUGGAGAGUUCAAUGUUGGUGGUGUUAGCUUGGGCAUUGCUCUGGCAAGAUUCUUGCAACGACUAUCGGUGUGGGCAAAAAAUAUAAUUGUCGUAUUUCCCGAAGACCAAUCUUCACUUAGAUAUUGGGUAAAGGGAUAUCAUGAGUCCUUUGAUCAUACUGGUGGUAGUAUCGAGGGUGCGAUAGUGGUCGAAUUCCCUUCCUCUUUGGAUUACUUGAAGUAUGUUGAAGUGGACUACGUCGGCGUAAACGGUCAGUUACCCAACCUGGAUUUAAUCAAUUCUGUGGUCAUGAUUGCCAGACAUGAGGGAUUUGAUACGACAUUGCAUGGUAUGCCAAUUAACGUUUCUAGAGGUUAUAUUUACAGAUUGAAAACUUUGUGGAGAAGCAUUUUUCACUUGGCUACCGCUGGUCUACGAAGGGCUAGACAAAAUUCUGCCGAAGCGUUUAGCGGUUGGAACAUACAAGCCAUUACAAUCCGGGGAAUGGAGUUCUGUAACGAAGGUUCAGAUAUCACCUCAUUUGGCCGUAUAGUGGAGGCCACUUUCAGAUCAAUCAACAAUUUACUCGAAAAGUGGCACCAGUCCUUUUUCUUCUAUUUGAUGUUAUCACCAGUUCAUUUUGUGUCUAUCGCAACAUAUUUACCAGCAGCUGUACUUAUGGCCGUGUCGUUUUUCUUGGCUUCAUUGUCGAUAAUUUUCAACAAUGACGACAUAUCUUUUAAGAACAUAGAUAUAGCAUUGCCAAAGGUUUCAUUUUUGUUUGCCUCGGUACUAGUUUCUGAAAGUGUUAUUGGAAUAUCUCUAACCUAUGCUAGUGACUGCGAACUGAUCUUAUUGUUGACUUUCAUUACCGGCGCUGGUCUUACGAUAAUUUUGCCUACAGCAAAGCUUCCACAAAUUGUGCUUACAGCUAAUGAGCGGAGUAUACUCCAGGCAUUAUCUUUGUUCGUUGUAGCUGUGUCGUUGCUGAUGGUGACUGUGGUACACUUUUCAUUGGCUUUGCUCAGUGGAAUAGCAAUGAUACCACUUACUUUUGUUCGUCUGCAAAAGGAGCACGCAAAGCAUAGUCCAGUUGUAAAUAAUGCCAGCUUAAUAGCCUCGUCACCUUUUACUACCAUGCUCAUUUUGGGACUAUUAAGCGAUGGUUGGACUUCAAAGGGUUUGAUUUGGUCACCAUUAGGAGUAUUUCAAGGAUUGGUUUCUAGUUUCGAUGCAUUGAACUGUUGGACUUGGGCGUUUGUGGUUAUUUGCUGGUUUACCACUUGGAGUUGCACUCUUCUAGCAGCAAAUGCUAAAGUUUUGCCCACAGAACGCGAGAAAACGGAAUGA